GAAACCCCAGUGGCUUCAUUGGCUCCUUGAUUUAAACCCCGCCCGGCUUUCUGCCGGCUCUGCUGCUGCUGGGCCAGGCCGCCCAGCCCCGGUCCAGCCCCGUUCACAGGGAGCCGGGCUGCUGCUGCUAUUGUGUGGAUGCCGCGCGUGUCCUGUCUUCUCUUUCAGACAUGGCUAACAGGGGCCCGAGCUAUGGCUUAAGCCGAGAGGUGCAGGAGAAGAUAGAGCAGAAGUACGACGCGGAUCUGGAGAACAAGCUGGUGGACUGGAUCAUCCUGCAGUGCGCAGAGGACAUAGAGCACCCACCCCCUGGCAGGGCCCAUUUUCAGAAAUGGUUAAUGGACGGGACGGUCCUGUGUAAGCUGAUAAACAGUUUAUACCCACCAGGACAGGAGCCCAUUCCCAAGAUCUCAGAAUCAAAGAUGGCUUUUAAGCAGAUGGAGCAAAUCUCCCAGUUCCUAAAAGCUGCAGAAAUCUACGGCGUCAGGACCACUGACAUUUUUCAGACGGUGGAUCUAUGGGAAGGGAAGGACAUGGCAGCCGUGCAGAGGACUCUGAUGGCUCUUGGCAGCGUUGCAGUCACCAAGGAUGACGGCUGCUACAGGGGAGAGCCAUCCUGGUUUCACAGGAAAGCUCAGCAGAAUCGGAGAGGAUUUUCAGAGGAGCAGCUUCGCCAGGGACAGAACGUCAUCGGCCUGCAGAUGGGCAGCAACAAGGGAGCCUCCCAGGCAGGCAUGACUGGGUACGGGAUGCCCAGGCAGAUCAUGUAAGAUGCUGCCUCCCGCCCCCCCGUAGAGAGGACGAAUGUUCCACACCACGGUCUCUGUGAUAAAGAAAUAGUUAGUCACCUUCUGACCUUUCUCAAAGCCUCCCAGUUUCUGGUUUUUGCAAGUGCUGCAUUUCUGCUGAGAAUCCGCGUUGCCUACUGCUGCCACCUUGUGUUCAUUUAGAACUAUGCAAAGACUCCGCCUCUUCCUGAGCUCCCUCUUUUGUCCAAAAGUCUCCCUUUGUCUGAUUAUUUAUUUAUUUAUUUAUUUAUUUGCCAAAAAUUUCCCUCCUCAACUUAUGAGAACACACCUAAUAAACAGAUUAGUCUUGUGUCUUCAAA